GAGUGCGACAGGUGAGGCGUGGCAUGACAUCAUGCUGUCGUGUCUGGGGGGUAAGAAGUGUGACCCAGACUCAGGGAACACAGAACCAGAGUGUGGCAGCACCUUCGCAUACACAUACUUCGUCUCCUUCAUCUUCUUCUGUUCUUUCCUGAUGCUGAAUCUGUUUGUGGCUGUCAUCAUGGAUAACUUUGAGUACCUGACCAGAGACUCAUCUAUUCUGGGUCCUCAUCACCUGGACGAGUACGUCAGGAUAUGGGCCGAGUAUGACCCCGCUGCCUGCGGGCGCAUACAUUAUAAGGAUAUGUACAGUUUAUUGAGAGUAAUCUCCCCUCCUCUGGGCUUGGGCAAGAAAUGCCCUCAUAGGGUGGCCUGCAAGAGGCUGCUGCGCAUGGACUUGCCGGUUGCCGAGGACAACUCAGUGCAUUUCAACUCCACCCUCAUGGCUCUGAUUCGGACAGCGCUCGAUAUCAAGAUCGCCAAGGGAGGAGCUGACAAACAUCAGAUGGACGCUGAGCUAAGGAAAGAAAUGAUGGCCAUUUGGCCCAACCUCUCUCAGAAGAACCUAGACCUGCUGGUCACGCCACACAAGUCAGCCACAGACCUGACAGUGGGGAAGAUCUACGCUGCCAUGAUGAUCAUGGAGUAUUACAGACAGAGCAAGGCCAAGAAGCUCCAGGCCCUACGCGAGGAGCAGAACCGAACACCGUUAAUGUUUCAGCGCAUGGAGCCGCCCUCCCCUGGGGGAGGAGAAGGGGGAGGAGGGGGAGGCCCCGACGGGACGGGAGGAGGGAUGCCAGGGGUCAACGGCCUCCCGCCACACAGCACGACCCCAACAGCAUGUGAGUAG